GCCGCACGCCGCACCCAAGAAUCCCAGAUCACACAUCAAAUCCUCCACCACCGCCUCCCUUUGCUCUUUUCAAUUCUCUUUUUUUUUUUUUCUUCGCCUCCCCCCCAAACUCCUCGUGCGCCUCGCGACGAGGGGACGACGACGGCGACGACAGGGCCGCGAGGAGAUCGAAUCGCGAUCGCCGUCAUCCAUGUCGACGUCGCGCAGGAGGACCCUCCUCAAGGUCAUCGUCCUCGGCGACAGCGGGGUGGGGAAGACGUCGCUUAUGAACCAAUAUGUUCACAAGAAGUUUAGCCAGCAGUACAAAGCUACAAUUGGUGCGGAUUUCGUCACCAAGGAGGUCCUCAUUGAAGAUAGGCUCGUGACUCUGCAGAUCUGGGACACUGCGGGGCAGGAGAGGUUCCAGAGUCUUGGUGUUGCGUUUUACAGAGGAGCAGAUUGUUGUGUGCUCGUCUAUGACGUCAAUUCUAACAGGUCAUUUGACACGCUCAACACAUGGCAUGAUGAGUUCCUCAACCAAGCUAGCCCAUCAGAUCCCAAAACUUUUCCAUUCAUCUUACUUGGGAACAAGAUUGACGUAGAUGGAGGGAAAAGCAGAGUGGUUUCUGAGAAAAAAGCAAUGGAGUGGUGUUCAUCCAAAGGCAAUAUUCCUUAUUUUGAAACUUCUGCAAAAGAGGACCGCAAUGUCGACAGUGCGUUCUUGUCUGUCGCUAAGCUUGCUUUAGAGCAUGAGCGUGAUCAGGACAUCUACUUCCAGACGGUUGUUCCAGAUCCUGUUCCAGAGGCUGAACAGAGAAGUGGAUGUGCAUGCUAGCAGCUAGUUAUUGCCGUUGCAGGUUAUGCUUACUGAUUGUGAUAUUUUUUUGAAGUGAUGUUGUGCAUUCUUUGAUGUACACUAAGGUUCCUAUGCGGCCAUUCUACUCCCUUUUGUAGUCAUUGUACGAUAGUUAGCCACUACUGUUUUGGCCCAAGAGUACUCAUGCGGAGUCCUUUUCCUCCAAUUGGGCAAUAAGAAUGUACAGAGGCUGAUAAUUUGGAAUAAUGCCCUAUCUGCUGUUUAUCUCAUGGCCUUAACUUAUUAUAUCCGUGCAGUUAUAACU